GGAGCGAGGCGGGGGUUGAUGGAGGCCGAGCCCGGGACGUGCGGGCCCUGACCUCCGCCCUCUGACCUCUACCCUCGCAGGCGACCAUGGGGAACGUGUUGGCCGCCAGCUCGCCGCCCGCGGGGCCGCCGCCGCCGCCGGCGCCGGCCCUCGUGGGGCUGCCGCCGCCGCCGCCUGCGCCGCCGGGGUUCACGCUGCCGCCGCUCGGAGGCGGCCUGGGCGCCGGCGCCGGCGCGGGCCGAGGUUCGGAGCGGACCGCAGGGGCCUCCGCCGCCGGCGCCGCGGACGAUGGGGCCUGCGGCUGCCUGCCCAACCCCGGCACGUUUGAGGAGUGCCACCGGAAGUGCAAGGAGCUGUUUCCCAUUCAGAUGGAGGGGGUCAAGCUCACGGUCAACAAGGGGCUGAGCAACCACUUCCAGGUCAACCACACGGUCGCCCUCAGCACGGUCGGGGAGUCCAACUACCACUUCGGGGUCACGUACGUGGGCACGAAGCAGCUGAGCCCCACGGAGGCGUUCCCGGUGCUGGUGGGCGACAUGGACAACAGCGGCAGCCUCAACGCUCAGGUCAUCCACCAGCUGGGCCCCGGCCUCAGGUCCAAGAUGGCCAUCCAGACGCAGCAGUCGAAGUUCGUGAACUGGCAGGUGGACGGGGAGUACCGGGGCUCCGACUUCACAGCCGCCGUGACGCUGGGCAACCCGGACGUCCUGGUGGGCUCAGGAAUCCUCGUGGCCCACUACCUGCAGAGCAUCACGCCGAGCCUGGCCCUGGGCGGGGAGCUGGUCUACCACCGGCGGCCCGGGGAGGAGGGCACCGUCAUGUCUCUGGCCGGCAAAUACACACUGAACAACUGGUUGGCCACGGUGACGCUGGGCCAGGCCGGCAUGCACGCCACGUACUACCACAAAGCCAGCGAGCAGCUGCAGGUGGGCGUGGAGUUUGAGGCCAGCACAAGGAUGCAGGACACCAGCGUCUCCUUCGGCUACCAGCUGGACCUGCCCAAGGCCAACCUCCUCUUCAAAGGCUCCGUGGACAGCAACUGGAUCGUGGGCGCCACGCUGGAGAAGAAGCUGCCGCCCCUGCCCCUGACGCUGGCCCUCGGCGCCUUCCUGAACCACCGCAAGAACAAGUUCCAGUGCGGAUUCGGCCUCACCAUUGGCUGAGCGCCCGCUGGCCACGCCCCGCGCCUCCGGACCCGCCCCCUGCCCGCGCCAGGGAGACCUGAGCCCGCCGGCCGCCGAGGAGGGGACUCCGGCCAGGGGCCACGUCAGGGCUCAGCCCCGGGGCCGCGCGCGCAGUGGGCCUGGGGUCCCAGGGACUCCAGGACGGAAGGGCGCUUGGGAUGCUGAGCCCCGGGUUGGGGGCGACGGCGGCUGGACCCCUCAGGGAGGAGCGUCCUGGCGGCCCGAGGACGGCCCACGCCCACCCCGCCCACUCCCCACCCACCCCUCGCUAUAAAUCAUGUUUAUAAGUUAUGGAAGAACCGGGACAUUUUACAGAAAAACAAAAAAUAUACAUGGAAAAAAAU